AUGUGUGAUAUUCUAAAAAAGUUUCCUGGAUGUAUAUCAAUUUUAUUCACUCAUGGUGAAGAUCUAGAGGGUCAAACUAUUGAGGAAUUUAUCAAGAAGAAUGCAGAACUACAAGAACUUGCUGAGAAAUGUAAAGGUCGCUGUUUUGUCAUUGAUAAUAAGCAUUGGAAAAAUCGCCUGUGGGGCUACAAGAGCAACCGAGUUCAGGUGAGAAAUCUGCUGAAAACCGCAGACACGAUAGAGAAGGAAAAUGGCUACAACAAUGAGCUGCUUCACAUGGUUGAUGAGGUCAUUGAAAAUGAGGAGAAGAAUAUAAAGGAGGACAAUCUGUCUUCAGAAGGCAAACGAGAAAAAGCAAAGAAGAGAGUUUAUGAAAAGUUGUGCAUUAAGCUUGCAGGAGUGAGCACAGGGAUGUUGAUCGGAGCUUUUCUGGGCAUCGGAGUUGCAGUGGCAGCUGUUGUGGCUUUGCUGAAAGCAGGAAAUUUUAAACCAAUAUUAAAACCCAUCAGUUUGAAAGCAGCCAGCUCAGCUCCGAUCAUCGCAGGUGUUGUGCUGGGAACCUCUGCUUUGGUAGGAGCUGUUGGAGGAGGACUUACUGGAUGGGACGAAGCAGAUGAAGCGGAUUCUGUCUGUGAUGUGAUAACCAAAACAGCAAAGGCAAACUAUGAGGGUGCCAAAAACAUUUUUAAAAUGGCAGAAGACCUCAUAAAUAAUAAGGAAUAGAUGAUUUUUGCAUCAAAAUUAAAAAACACAGAAUAUGUUUUCUGUAACCAUCCAAUAGGUGGGAGUUUCUCAUGACAUAUUUAAGGAAAAAAAAAAACAUUUCUGUCUAAACCUAAACUUAUCUGAAUAAGAAGUGGUGAUGUAUAAUAUAGUUUGUGCUGUCAGUUUAACUUGUUAACUUCAUUAAAUACAGCAUUAGUACUUUGAACAAAAUCAACGCACCCCAUCCCCAGACAGUGGGCCCCUAUUUUAACUUUGUGUUCAUAUUGCAGGAUAAAUAUAUAUGAGACGUUUUAUCAAACUUCAAUUGACAUAUGUAAAUGUAAACUGAACUUUGAAUCCUUGGGCUAAAAGGUAUUAAAGCAAUAUUACUGUCACUCUCGUUAAACAAAGUAGCCACCAGACACACUAGACGGCACUUUACACAUUACAUCUUCCACUGAACUGAACUAUGCAUUGCAUAAUCCUCAGCUCCUCACACCUGAUGCAUACCUGUUAACCCUCUCGUUUUUCCCUGAAUUCUCCCGUAUUUUACAGUUCUAUCCCGCUAUCAUCCCGUUAAGGUAUUUUCUUGUAUUUCUCCCGUA